UUUGUUGCUUUAGUACAACGAAACUCAAUAACAACCCCAAUAGAACUACAAUUUGCUUUACUUUAAUCAGACUUUAAUAUUUUAUAACAGAAAUUUGAGAAUGCGAUUUUAUCUAGUUCAAAGAAUUUUAGCCGCCGUUCGGACCGUAAAUAAGGAGAAACUCGAUUUGAAGAAGUCGUUUAGUCGGUCCACAACAACUGUCAAACUCAUGGAACCUGACACUAAGCCGGACCUGUCCAGGUUUAAAUUGGCCCCAAAACGGAAGCUGUUGAGCAAAAACAAAGAAGAAACCCAUUCAGAGCCUUCCACGAGCUCCGAUCAUAAGCACAUUAAGCGCGAACACGUCAAAAUCGAAGCCGAUGAGAAACCAAAGAAAAAUUGGGCACCCAGCGAUUGGGAGCAAAUUCUGGCGAACGUUAGAGAGAUGCGUAAGAACUUCGACGCUCCUGUGGAUUCGAUGGGGUGCAAUAAAUGUCAAGAAGAGAGUGCCAGCCCUGAAGUGUUUCGGUAUCAAGCUCUCUUGUCGCUUAUGUUAAGCAGCCAAACUAAAGAUCAAGUGACCUACAACGCUAUGUUAAAACUACAGAAACACGGAUGCACCAUUGACAAUAUUUUAGCCACGUCUGAUGAAAAAUUGGGGGAGCUUAUCUACCCAGUGGGUUUCUGGAAGACAAAAGUGAAGUACAUUAAGAAAACUACUCAGAUCCUGAAGAACAAUUUCAGUGGUGACAUUCCCAAAACAGUUGAAGAUUUGUGUAAGCUUCCAGGGGUGGGCCCCAAAAUGGCGCAUUUGUGUAUGAAGACGGCCUGGAACGAGACUACUGGAAUUGGUGUAGAUACUCAUGUGCACCGUAUUUGUAACAGAUUAGGAUGGGUAAAUUCAAAAACUCCAGACGAAACGAGGAAAAGCCUGCAAGAGUGGUUACCCAAGGAGCUGUGGGACGAAAUUGGGCUGUUAUUGGUGGGAUUCGGGCAGCAGAUUUGUCAACCGGUGAAGCCCCAGUGUGCCACUUGUUUAAACCAUGAGCUGUGCCCCUAUGGAGUUGAUUUUAUCAAUAAGGACUUGAAAAUCAAAAAGUAAUCGUUACUAUUAAGGAAACACUGUUUAUAUUUACUUAUAUCUUUAUUGUUUGUUUAUAUUAUCUAUUAUUGUGUCAAAAAAACUAA